AAUAGUUAUCAUGAUAGUUGUGCUCUCAGUGCUGGUGGUGGCAGUCUUGAACCUCUCUUUCCUAGCAAGUUCCCACGUACACUACUACAUAAUUAUAUAUGGUAGGCACUCUUUUCCUCUACUAUUCAAAGUUAAAGAGCCGUCAGCUGCAUCGUUUGCAACCUCCCUUCCCUUCCCUUCCCUAGCAAUUUGUAUCCAUUUCAUUAUGCAGUCACUAAAAGCCCCCUUCAUUGCUUCAGAGUUCAGAGCAUCACAAAUCAUGGCAUACAAGUGGAUCGAGGAUCUUCUGCUUUCAGUACUAGGGAAGCUAUCUAAUCUCCUGAUUCAAGAAUAUACCUCAUUUCUUGGGAUAGAUGAUGAGCUCCAAAAGAUUGAAGCCCAUCUGAGAAGAAUUGCUGAUAUCUCACGAAAUGUGAUUGCUAGAAGUGAACUGCAGAAUGCCCUUUAUGACUUGGAGGAUGUCAUCGAUGACUUGGUAUCACAAUCAGCAGUUGAUGUAAAUGAACUUCGCCAUAAGUUGAAAUCAAUUGAUCACAUUAUCUCUGUGAGAUGCGGAGAAAUUUUUUGUUCUGGCUCAUGGAGUAGCUCCUUUGGCCUGUACAAUCUAAACAUCGGCGACACAGUGGUAUCUCCUGUUAUGUGUAAAUUCUCAGCCUUGGCAACUCUGCAGAUACUAAGUCCUCCUGCAAGAAGACGGGUUAGAUGGUUAAGAGACGAAUUUCAAGGCCUGCACGAUUACCUAACAGAUAUCGAGUCAAAGGAUUUGACUGAAAGUGGAAUGGCUUGGAUGGAGGAAGUUUGUGAUGUAUCUCGCUCCGCAGAGGAUGCCAUUACGCUCUUUGAAUACAAAAAUGAACAGCAUCAGCAACAUAGUAUUCAACUGGGGUCUCUAAAGAAAGUAGCUCUAGAUUUCCUCAAACUGAAUCCAGAAGACAAGUUUGUCAAGAAGGUAGAUGCAAUCCUCGCUAAGGUUCAAGAUAUUUCUAAGAGAAGAUAUGAAGCUGUUGGCUGGCCAGCUCCUCAAAGGCCCAUGUUCCGGGACUCGUCAGCACCUUCUUCCAUUAAUGCUGAACAACUUGACAUCACCAGUUUUGAUGACGAUAUGAUCACAAUUAUGGCAUCAUUGCUCAAGGACAAUCCACACUGUCUUUUGAUCUCAAUUGUUGGUAUGGCAGGCACGGGCAAGACAAGCCUCGCAAAGAUGAUCUAUGACAAUCAUGCCAUCAGCAGUCAUUUCCCUUACCGUGCUUGGGUAUCACUAUCUUCAUAUUCGUCUUGGGAUGGAACUAAACAGGUGAUGCAACAAGUCACGGGACUCCAAGAUUCAGAGGUUGAAUGGAAGGGAAAUGAGAAGUUGGCCGACUAUCUUUGUCGGAUGAGACAAGUUCUCAGUGACUACUUAGUGGAUAAGAAGUAUCUGCUAAUUUUUGAUGGUUUAGCCUCGACAGAAUUACGGAAUGCGCUGGGAAGCAUAUUCAGUGGCACAUCAAACGGGAAUAGAAUAGUAUUCACUACUCGCUGGACGCAGGCAACUCCACAAGUAAGUGACGAAAACUUUACUUAUAGCUUGCAUCUAAGAAGUGAUGAUGAGACAUGGGCAUUGUUUACUCAUUCUUUGAAAGCAAACAUCCCCAAAGAUUUGCUAAAACUGAUGAGAAGUAAAAUCUUGAGAACAUGUGGGGGGCUUCCACGAGUAAUUGUCAAACUGGGAGAAACACUUUCACAAAAAGAUGCAACAGUUGAGGAGUGGACAAAGGUGCUUGAGCAGUUCAAUGAAGAUAGGGAACCUUGGUCAGCAGCCUUGGACGAGAUCAAUAAAAAAAUGCCUUUGUACUUGAGGCGAUGUCUCUUCUACUUUGGAUUAUUUCCUAAGGGCUUUGAGAUCCCGGUGAGAAGAUUGAUUGCCUUGUGGGUUGCCGAGGGCUUGGGCAAAAAAGACAACCCUGAUGAACUUCCAGAAAAAGUUUCAGAAAGCUGCUUGGAAGAGCUAGUGAACCAGAAUAUGGUUCAGGUGACUAAGAGGAAACUGAAUGGGAAAACGCAAACAUGUCGCCUGCCAAACGCUUUUCAAGAACACUGGUUAUCCAAAGCCAAGGAAGCCAACUUUCUCCAAGGACACUCCUGUGAAACCAGAAUACGCCGUGUUGCUGACCAUCUUCAAAGUAAAGACUCUAUCUUUGAUCACAUCCAUGGCAACGACCGGCCUUCUUCUUCUUCUUCUUCUUCUUUGUAUUCAUCUUAUAGAGAUGUCAUUUCCCUUUUAUCCUUUGACACUCGAGAAGGUAGCAAACCUGGAGAAGAGAUAGGGGACUUCUUAGACGUUUGCAUUUCCCAGAAGUGCUUCCAAGAUCUACGGGUUCUAGAUCUUGAACAUGUAUUCCAGCCAAAGUUGUCCAAGGCAAUAGCUGAACUCGCUCGACUAAGAUACCUUGGCUUGAGAUGGACUUCCUUGAAGAAGCUUCCUUCAUUUAUUAGCAAAUUGCUUAACCUUCAAACUCUGGAUUUGAAGCGUACUUCCAUUGACACGCUUCCUAGUUCAAUCUGGAUGAUGCAACAACUUAGGCAUUUGUACUUGGAUGACCGUAACAGUUGCAGGUUUGUGCCGCGACCAAGGAACAGCUCCAUGACAGACCUCCAAACAUUGUGGGGCUUAUUUGUGGACGAGGAGAGUCCAGUAGUAGACGGCCUGGACACACUGAUCAAACUUAGGAAGUUGGGACUCAUAUGCCGAAUGAUGUCCUUCCAAGAAGAGGCAAUGUUAUCACAACUAGAAGCUGUGGGAAAUUGGGUUCAAAAGCUAGGGCAUCUUGAAUGUUUAAGGCUGAAAUCGUACGAUCGAUUAAAUCAACCAUGGGAACUGCCAUUGAAGUCUUUAUCAGGACACUCAAGCCUUACUAGUAUAUAUUUGGUUGGAAAACUGAAGAAUAAGAGUAUCUUGUCUCAACUGCCACAAAGUCUUAUUGAGAUUACCUUGUCAGCAUCAGCACUUGCAGAAGACCCAAUGCAAAUUUUGAACCAGCUUCCCAAACUUAGAUUUUUGAGAUUGCUGUCCAAAUCUUAUGCAGGAAAUACCAUGCUUUGCUCUCCUGGAGGAUUUCCAGAGCUUCGCGUCCUUCAUCUUUGGGGGCUAGAGUCACUACAGGCGUGGACAGUGGAAGAAGAAGCAAUGCCUCUUCUCAAACAUUUAGAGAUCAAAGCCUGUCAGAACUUGAGAAUGCUUCCCAAUGGAGUGCAGCAGAUUACCACUCUCCGUAUUUUCAAACUAUCCAAAAUGCCAAGGGAGUUCACAGAUAGGAUUAAGGAUGAUCAGCAUCCUGAACAUCACAAGAUUGCACAUGUUAGCUAUGUCUCCAUGGAUUAGCUGCCUCUGCGAUCUACCGGUAUCUUAUCAUUUUGUCAUUUUUCCUUCAUGUGUUUGAAAUAAAUGCAUAUGUGUGCAGAAAGAGCCAAUGUAAUGCUCAAAGCAGUUGUCUGCUGGGUUUGUUAAGGUUAAGGCUCUUCUUGGGUGCAUACUUGGUUUGCAUGGUUCAUGUUAUAAGUAUUAUGGUUUAUGUCAUUGUUUUAGUGUGUUAAGGUUGUAAACUUAGUCAAGGUUAUUGUUUGAACUUUGACCAAGUUAAUUAUAUUGUUUGUUUAAUAUGUGGAUGUAAGAGGUUGGUCUAGAUCCUUCUAUUAGAUCUAUUCCUCCGGUAAUGUACUUGUUGUUCUGUAAUGAAAGUGUUAGAGCUAGGAGCUCACAUGUUGAAUGGUUCA